GUCACGUGACUGCAGUCCAGCGCGUAGAUCGCACUGCGGCUCCCGCCCGGGCGAGUUCUCGCCCCCGCGCGGCCGUUGCCGAGGAGACGGCGCACGUCCCGCCGCGCGUCGCCCCCUCUGCAGUUCCCCCGCCCCUGUUCUCCCACCACAAUGAGAUCCUAAGAUGGCGGUGGCUGCGGCGGUUGGCGUCGAGUAUCUCAUGUCGAAAAGGCGGCCAUUGGGCCCUAGGCAGCCAGGCAAAGUGUAGGCCUCCCUGCUGCGGUCUCCGAGGACUGACCGCUGCCGGUGGCGGGUCGUGGGAGCUGACCGCCGCUCCGCCCUUGACGGGAGAGGCUGGUUUCGCGUACAGCAGGAAACAGCUUUGAAGUGUGGAGCAGGAAAGGAGCAGUUUCUGAGCUGCAGAAACUAGUUUCUAAACAGAGAGUUAAUUGUUAAAGCCAAUAUGGCCACAGGAGGAGGUCCUUUUGAAGAUGGCAUGAAUGAUCAGGAUUUGCCAAACUGGAGCAAUGAGAGUGUUGAUGACAGGCUCAACAAUAUGGACUGGGGUGGCCAACAGAAGAAGGCAAAUAGAUCAUCAGAAAAGAACAAGAAAAAGUGUGGUGUAGAAAGUGAUAAAAGAGUAACUAAUGUUAUUUCUCCGGAGUCGUCACCAGGAGUUGGAAGGCGAAGAACAAAGACUCCACAUACGUUUCCACACAGUAGAUACAUGACUCAGAUGUCUGUCCCAGAGCAGGCAGAAUUAGAGAAACUGAAACAGCGGAUAAAUUUCAGUGAUUUAGAUCAGAGAAGCAUUGGAAGUGAUUCUCAAGGUAGAGCAACAGCUGCUAACAACAAACGUCAGCUUAGUGAAAACCGAAAGCCCUUCAACUUUUUGCCUAUGCAGAUUAAUACUAACAAGAGCAAAGAUGCAUCUACAAGUCCCCCAAAGAGAGAAAUGAUUGGAUCAGCACAGUGUAAAGAGUUACUUGCUUCUGCUUUAAGUAAUGACCUCUUGCAAAACUGUCAGGUCUCUGAAGAAGAUGGGAGGGGAGAGCCUGCGAUGGAGAGCAGCCAGAUUGUAAGCAGGCUUGUUCAAAUUCGUGAUUAUAUUACUAAAGCCAGUUCCAUGCGGGAAGAUCUCGUGGAGAAAAAUGAGAGAUCUGCUAAUGUUGAGCGCCUUACUCAUCUAAUAGAUCACCUUAAAGAACAAGAGAAGUCAUAUAUGAGAUUUCUUAAAAAAAUCCUUGCUAGAGAUCCUCAGCAGGAGCCUAUGGAAGAGAUAGAAAAUUUGAAGAAACAACAUGAUUUAUUAAAAAGAAUGUUACAACAGCAGGAGCAACUGAGAGCUCUACAGGGACGGCAGGCUGCACUACUAGCUCUGCAACAUAAAGCAGAGCAAGCUAUUGCAGUGAUGGAUGAUUCUGUUGCAGAAACUGCAGGCAGCUUAUCUGGCGUCAGUAUCACAUCUGAACUAAAUGAAGAGUUGAAUGAUUUAAUUCAGCGUUUUCACAAUCAGCUUGGAGAUUCUCAGCCUCCAGCUGUUCCAGACAAUAGAAGACAGGCAGAAAGUCUUUCAUUAACUAGGGAGGUUUCCCAGAGCAGGAAUCCAUCAGCUUCAGAACGUUUACCUGAUGAGAAAGUUCAACUUUUUAGCAAAAUGAGAGUGCUACAGGAAAAGAAACAAAAAAUGGACAGAUUGCUUGGAGAACUUCAUACACUUCGAGAUCAGCAUCUGAACAAUUCAUCAUCCUCUCCACAAAGGAGUGUGGAUCACAGAAGUACUUCAGCUCCCUCUGCCCCUGUAGGCUUGGCACCAGUUGUCAACGGAGAAUCCAGUAGCCUCACAUCAUCUGUUCCUUAUCCUGCUGCUUCUCUAGUCUCUCAGAAUGAGAGUGAAAAUGAAGGCCAUCUCAAUCCAACUGAAAAACUCCAGAAGUUAAAUGAAGUUCGAAAGAGAUUAAAUGAACUGAGAGAGUUAGUUCACUAUUAUGAACAAACAUCAGACAUGAUGACAGAUGCCGUGAAUGAAAACAGGAAAGAUGAGGAAACUGAGUCAGAAUAUGAUUCUGAGCAUGAAAAUUCUGAGCCUGUUACUAACAUUCGGAAUCCACAAGUAGCUUCCACCUGGAAUGAAGUUAAUAGUAAUAGUAAUGCACAAUGUGUUUCUAAUAAUAGAGAUGGGAGAGCAGUUAAUUCUAAUUGUGAAAUUAACAACAGAUCUGCUGCCAACAUAAGGGCUCUAAAUGUGCCUCCUUUAGAUUGUCGUUAUAAUAGAGAAGGGGAAGAGGAGAUUCAUGUUGCACAAGGUGAAGAUGAUGAGGAAGAGGAGGAAGAAGCAGAAGAGGAGGGAGUCAGUGGAGCUUCAUUAUCCAGUCACAGGAGCAGUCUGGUUGAUGAGCAUCCAGAAGAUGCUGAGUUUGAACAGAAGAUCAAUAGACUUAUGGCUGCAAAACAGAAACUUAGACAGUUACAAGAUCUUGUUGCUAUGGUACAGGAUGAUGAUGCAGCACAUGGAGUUAUCUCUGCCAAUACAUCAAAUUUGGAUGAUUUCUACCCAGCAGAAGAAGACACCAAGCAAAACGCAAAUAACACUAGAGGAAAUGCCAAUAAAACACAGAAGGAUGCUGGAGUAAAUGAAAAGGCAAGAGAGAAAUUUUAUGAGGCUAAACUACAGCAGCAACAGAGAGAGCUAAAACAAUUGCAAGAAGAAAGAAAGAAACUGAUUGACAUUCAGGAGAAAAUUCAAGCACUGCAAAUGGCAUGCCCUGACUUACAGCUGUCAGCUGCUAGUGUGGGUAAUUGUCCCACUAAGAAAUAUAUGCCAGCUGUUACUUCAACCCCAGCUAUAAAUCAACACGAGACCAGUACAAUCAAAUCUGUUUUUGAGCCUGAAGAUUCUUCGAUAGUAGAUAAUGAGUUGUGGUCAGAAAUGAGAAGACAUGAAAUGUUGAGGGAAGAGCUGCGACAGAGAAGAAAGCAGCUUCAAGCUCUGAUGGCUGAACAUCAGAGGAGGCAAGGUCUGGCUGAAACUGCAUCUCCAGUGGCUGUGUCAUUAAGAAGUGAUGGAUCUGAGAACCUAUGUACUCCUCAGCAAAGUAGAACGGAUAAAACAAUGGCAACUUGGGGAGGAUCUACACAAUGUGCACUAGAUGAAGAAGGAGAUGAAGACGGUUACCUUUCUGAAGGAAUUGUUCGGACAGAUGAAGAGGAGGAAGAAGAGCAAGAUGCCAGUUCUAAUGAUAACUUUUCUGUAUAUCCUUCUAACAGUAUGAAUCAUAACUCCUACAAUGGAAAGGAAACUAAAAAUAGGUGGAAGAACAAUUGCCCUUUUUCAGCAGAUGAAAAUUAUCGUACUUUAGCCAAGACAAGGCAACAGAAUAUCAGCAUGCAACGGCAAGAAAACCUUCGUUGGGUGUCAGAGCUCUCUUAUGUAGAAGAGAAAGAACAAUGGCAAGAACAAAUCAAUCAGCUAAAGAAACAGCUUGAUUUUAGUGUAAAUAUUUGUCAGACUUUGAUGCAAGACCAGCAGACUCUGUCUUGUCUGCUACAAACUCUUCUCACGGGUCCUUACAGUGUUAUGCCCAGCAAUGUUGCAUCUCCUCAAGUACACUUGAUAAUGCAUCAGUUGAACCAGUGCUAUACUCAGCUAACAUGGCAACAGAAUAAUGUUCAGAGGUUGAAACAAAUGCUAAAUGAACUUAUGCACCAACAAAAUCAGCAUCCAGAAAAACCUGGAAGCAAGGAAAGAGGCAGUAGUGCAUCGCACCCUCCUUCCAGUUUAUUUUGUCCUUUCAGCUUUCCAGCACAGCCUGUAAAUCUCUUCACUAUACCUGGAUUUGCUAACUUUUCAUCAUUUGCACCAGGUAUGAAUUUCAGCCCUUUAUUUCCUUCUAAUUUCGGAGAUUUUUCUCAGAAUAUCUCUACACCUAGUGAACAGCAGCAACCCUUAGCACAGAAUUCUUCAGGAAAAACGGAAUAUAUGGCUUUUCCAAAACCUUUUGAAAGCAGUUCCUCUAUUGGAGCAGAAAAACCAAGGAAUAAAAAACUGCCCGAAGAGGAGGUGGACAGCAGUAGGACACCAUGGUUAUAUGACCAAGAAGGUGAAGUACAGAAACCGUUUAUCAAGACUGGAUUUGCAGUGUCUGUAGAUAAAGCUACAAAUAGUAACCGCAACAAUCAAUCAGAUACAAACGGGAGAAGAUGCCAGUUUGAUGAAGAAUCAUUGGAAAGCUUUAGCAGUAUGCCUGAUCCAGUUGAUCCAACAACAGUGAGUAAAACAUUCAAGACAAGAAAAGCAUCUGCACAGGCAAGCCUGGCAUCUAAAGAUAGAACUCCCAAGUCAAAAAGUAAGAAGAGGAAUUCUACUCAGCUGAAAAGCAGAGUUAAAAACAUAAGGUAUGAAAGUGCCAGUAUGUCUAGCACAUGUGAACCUUGCAAAACUAGGAACAGACAUUCAGCCCAGACUGAAGAGCCUGUUCAAGCAAAAGUAUUCAGCAGAAAGAAUCAUGAACAACUGGAAAAAAUAAUAAAAUGUAAUAGGUCUACAGAAAUAUCUUCAGCACAUGCUAGGAGAAUACUACAGCAGUCUAACAGAAAUGCAUGCAAUGAAGCGCCAGAAACUGGGAGUGAUUUUUCCAUGUUUGAAGCUUUGCGCGAUACUAUUUAUUCUGAAGUAGCCACAUUAAUUUCUCAAAAUGAAUCUCGUCCACAUUUUCUUAUUGAACUCUUCCAUGAGCUUCAGCUACUUAAUACAGACUACUUGAGACAGAGGGCUUUAUAUGCAUUGCAGGAUAUAGUAUCCAGACAUAUUUCUGAGAGCCAUGGAAAAGGAGACAAUGUAAAGUCAGUAAACUCUGGUACUUGGAUAGCAUCAAACUCAGAACUUACUCCCAGUGAGAGCCUUGCUACUACUGAUGAUGAAACUUUUGAGAAGAACUUUGAAAGAGAAACACAUAAAAUAAGUGAGCAUAAUGAUGCUGAUAAUGCUAGUGUGCUGUCUGUAUCAUCAAAUUUUGAGCCUUUUGCAACAGAUGAUCUAGGUAACACCGUGAUUCACUUAGAUCAAGCAUUAGCCAGAAUGAGGGAAUAUGAGCGUAUGAAGACUGAGGCUGAAAGUAACUCAAAUAUGAGAUGCAACUGCAGGAUUAUUGAGGAUGAAGAUGGUGCUGGUGCAAGUACUACAGUUAAUAAUUUAGAAGAAACUCCCAUUAUUGAAAAUCAUAGUUCACAACAACCUGUAAGUGAAGUUUCUACCAUCCCAUGUCCUAGAAUUGAUACUCAGCAGCUGGACCGGCAAAUUAAAGCAAUUAUGAAAGAAGUCAUUCCUUUUUUGAAGGAGCACAUGGAUGAAGUAUGUUCCUCACAGCUUCUAACUUCAGUAAGGCGCAUGGUUUUGACCCUUACUCAGCAAAAUGAUGAGAGCAAAGAGUUUGUAAAGUUCUUUCAUAAACAACUUGGAAGUAUAUUACAGGAUUCACUGGCAAAAUUUGCUGGCAGAAAACUGAAAGACUGUGGAGAAGAUCUUCUUGUAGAGAUAUCUGAAGUGUUAUUCAAUGAAUUGGCUUUCUUUAAGCUUAUGCAAGAUUUGGAUAAUAAUAGUAUAACUGUUAAACAGAGAUGCAAAAGAAAAAUAGAAGCAGCUGGAGUGAUACAGUCUUAUGCCAAAGAGGCAAAAAGGAUUCUUGAAGAUCAUGGCUCACCUGCUGGAGAGAUUGAUGAUGAAGACAAAGACAAGGAUGAGACUGAAACAGUUAAACAGACUCAAACAUCUGAGGUGUAUGAUGGUCCCCAAAAUAUAAAAUCUGAUAUUUCUGAUCAAGAGGAAGAUGAAGAAAGUGAAGGAUGUCCAGUAUCUAUCAAUUUGUCUAAAGCUGAAACUCAGGCUUUAACUAAUUAUGGAAGUGGAGAAGAUGAGAAUGAGGAUGAAGAAAUAGAAGAGUUUGAAGAAGGCCCUGUAGAUGUCCAGACUUCCCUGCAGGCUAACACCGAAGCUACCGAAGAAAAUGAACAUGAUGAUCAGGUUCUGCAGCAUGACUUUGAAAAGACAGCAGAAAGCAAAAAUGUCCCAUUGGAACAAGAAGCCACCAGUAAAGAUAACCAAGAUAGUUCUCCUGUGAAACCCUGUUACCUCAAUAUCUUGGAAAAUGAGCAACCUUUAAAUAGUACUGCGCAUAAGGACUCACCUGCUACUGUUGAUUCACCUAAACAACCUAAUCCUUUGCCGUUACCUUUACCUGAAAUUGAAACCUUAGUGCCUAGAGUCAAAGAAGUUAAAUCUGGUCAGGAAACUCCUGAAAGCUCUCUGGCUGGAAGUCCUGAUACUGAAUCUCCAGUGUUAGUGAAUGAUUAUGAAGCAGAAUCUGGUAAUAUAAGUCAAAAGUCUGAUGAAGAAGAUUUUGUGAAAGUUGAAGAUUUACCACUGAAACUGACAAUAUAUUCAGAGGCAGAUCUCAGGAAGAAAAUGGUAGAAGAAGAACAGAAAAACCACUUAUCUGGUGAAAUAUGUGAAAUGCAUACUGAAGAAUUAGCUGGAAAUUCUCAGACACUAAAAGAACCCGAAACGGUGGGAGCCCAGAGUAUAUGAGAUGUCUUCAGAGGCUCAUCUCUCUAAAUAGUCAGUGCAUAUAUGAAAACAAUACUAAAUAAACAUCUGUUUUGAUCUGUAUAAAAAUGUAAAUUAGUUUGACACUGCAUUUUUGAUAGGUGUGGUAAUUUUUGCCCAUGGUUAUUAAAAACAUCAGUAACUCAAUUCUGGACAAAUUUAAGCCUUGAUAUACUGUGGAUUUUCUUUGGAGGGGAGGGGGGUCUUUUCUUCCCCAUUGUGACAUUUGGUAACAAAUUUAAAACUGUAGUUUUAAAUAAAGUUGGGACUUAUCUAUAAAGUAUCUUUUUUGGAAAUUAUGUUGAAUUCUAUACAGCAAGUCAAUGUUUUAUAUAACUUAAGGCUGCUCAGGGAAGAGCAAUGGUUAAGAGUUAGAGAAAUGCAUUAUUUAUUAUAAAGCCCAUCCAUUAGGCCAGUCUUCCAAACAGUGCCAGUGCUGCUGCUGUUGGGUCUGAUGUUCUUUUAGGUAACUGCAAGUCCUAUUCCUGUGCAAGAAUAGGGCAGAUACUUACAAAGUUAUUAUAGAAUAUAUAUUAAUCCAUUGAAAUUGGAUAGUAAGUUUAGAACAUAGGUUCUCAGUAUCUAAAACUUACUACAUCAUUAUCUGUUAGGAUUUAUCCUGUCUGAAAGGAUUUACCUCUGUCUGAAAGUAAAAAAAAAUAAGCUUUAUGUAAUUGAGAGAUCUCUGCACAGAGAAGUAACAUUGUGGUUUUUAAAUGAAAAACUUAACUUUUUAAAGUGGUGAUAAAUAGAACAAAAUUUAUAUAAUAGAAAGAAUCUAUAUGCCUUCAGAUAAACUUGCCUUUUGAGAUGGUAAUUUAAGACCAAAGCAUAGUAGCUGCUUUUUUGUGAAGUGAGGGAGAAGCAGAUUUCCACAUAAAGUACUGAAAAUUUCUAUGACUUUAAGUAAAUCAGCUUUUGAAAGAUGAUUUACUUUUUAUCCCAAAUUGUCCAUAUACCCAGUAAGGCUUUAAAAAGCCAGUUAACAAUGAGUAAGUCAACCUUACAGAUUCUUCCUUAAAUAUGAAUUUGUUCCAAUAAGUAUUUUAACUUUGUUAACAACUGAAAUACCCCAUAAAAAAAGAACUUGUUGAGUAUUCCUUUAAAACUGUUACUUGCUGUAUACCUCAGUAUAAAGUCCAAUCAAGGAGUAUUAAAUGAGGAUUUCCCUACAAGGAUAUUUACUGUACUGCUACUUAUAUUAUGGAAGACAAUAUAUAAACUUGAAUAAAACCUAUUCAGAAAAUUACCAAUUGAGAAUUAGGAAUUCUUACCAAGUGGUCUAACUUCAGGUAAAUUGGAAUAGUCAAAUUCUGUAUCUUCUAGAGUUUAAGCAGAAAGGCUAAAAACUUUGUUAUGGUACUCAAGCCAAGCCUUACAUACUGUGGCUGUCUCUCUCUCUGCAUGCAUCUUAAAGGUAAACUAGAAAUUGUAUUUAUAUCUUCGUUAUUACUAUAGUACUUAAAAACCUUAUCAAAAUUGCUUAUUUGACUUGUGUUAUAGCUGCUAUUAUCUAAGUCGACUGUUUUUUUCUAUUUUAGUAGAUAAUUUAGUUUUAAAAUACAUAGGGUUUGAGAGCAGAUAUAUUUAUUUAAUCUGUUUUCUCUAGGAACUAUUGCUGAAGGAUUAGGCAUUAAAUAUUUCUAUUCUAAUUUUGAAAUUAAAAAUUUUGGUUAGAGAUAGAGGGAGAAAAAGUCAAAAUGAGUGAGAGAAAACGUUAUGCAGAUUGAGAUAAUGCCUAAACUAGUGAUCUGGCCAGACUGUGGAGGUACUCUUUGUAUUUUAUAACAUUCACUUUGGGUAAAUGCUUUUUCACUGUUAAUAAAUAUAUAUCCUGUAUACAA